CACUGCACCACUUGCUGAUGUGGGUUUAUUUCUUGAACAGCUCAGGGCAGUUCUUGAACGAUGCGCCACAGAGAAGGUUGAAUAUAUUCUGUGAGAGAUCUAAACUUCAGUAUCCUACAUCGAUUCACGUUCUAAAUGGUACUGUUCGGGUGGAGGCUGAUGUCAGGUUUUUGGGGCUGGUUCUCGAUAAACAUCUGAAAUGGGGACCCCAUAUCGAGCAAUUAAGAAGUAGACUUAACUCCACCUCCUAUGCACUUUUCAUGUUGAGAAGUCAGGUUGAUUUCGAAGUCCUUAAAUUGGUUUAUUAUGCAAACUUCCAUUCGCUAAUUUCCUAUGGAAUUAUUUUCUGGGGUUGUUCCACUCACGUGGACACAAUUUUUGUAACUCAAAAAAGAGCAUUACGUACCAUGUUAAGAUUAGGUUAUAGAGCGAGUUGUAGAGGACUGUUUAAGGGAAAUAAUAUUCUGACAGUUUACGGUGUGUACAUUUAUAAAUUGUUAAUAUUCUUCAGUAAAAACAACCAUUACUUCAGAGAUUUCAGGAAUUUGAAUAACACGAGAAGAAUGUAUCCCUACAUUUUACCUUUACAUAGUACUGUCAACAGGGGUAAAGCUGUGGAGUGUAUGGCUAUAACUUUAUUUAAUGUUUUACCAAGGAAGCUCAGAGAUAUAAUGUGUCAUGAAAAAUUUAAAAAAUCAUUGUAUAGUUUUAUUCUGGAUUGUGAACCGUAUAGUUUAGAAGAAUUUAAGGAGUUUUGUAAGAAAUGA